AUGGCAAAGGGGGCCGACAGGCCGCCCCAGUCGACGUGGGGUCUCCCCUACUCGACUGGGAGGAGGCUGACCAUUUCAGUUUUGAGGAUUCAGAGAGAUUCGAAGAAGAUUCCUUAUGCAGCUGGAGUUCAGAGCCUGAGAGCCUUUGCAACAACUGGCGAGGUUGGAGAAGAAAAGACAGUUUCAACACUAAGUGAACUUGCAGCAAAAUGCGUAGCAUCUCACAUACCAUUUGAAUUAGUUGAACAUGUCUAUCCACCGGUACCGGAGCAACUUCAACUCCAGAUUGCAUUCUGGAGUUUCCCUGACAGUGAAGAUGACAUCAGGUUGUACUCCUGCCUUGCAAAUGGCUCAUCUGAUGAGUUCCAGAAAGGAGAACAUUUGUUCAGAGACAGAGCAGUCAAAGAUGUCUUACAAAUUGGUAAGUAA